GACACCUUUAAGAAGCAUUAUACACUGGUCAAAAUAGCAAUGGUACCUGAUUGGCUAGAAAUAAGAAGCCUAGGCAGCUGGGAGCACGGAACUGGAGCUAGUGUCGGCUCCGCGGUGGUAGAGCAUCGGUCCAAGAAGGCAGAGGUGGAGGAGACACUGAAACGACUUCAGAGCCAGAAGGGAGUGCAGGGCAUCAUUGUGGUAAAUACAGAAGGCAUUCCCAUGAAGAGCACCAUGGACAAUCCCACCACUACACAGUACGCCAGCCUCAUGCACAACUUCAUCUUGAAGGCUCGGAGCACCGUGCGUGAAAUUGACCCCCAGAAUGACCUGACCUUCCUUCGAAUUCGUUCCAAGAAAAAUGAAAUUAUGGUUGCACCAGAUAAAGACUAUUUCAUGAUUGUGAUUCAGAAUCCAACAGAAUAAGCCACUCUUGGCUCCCUGUUCAUUCCUUAAUUUAAUGCCCUCCAAGAAUUAUCAUGUCAGCUGA